ACAUUUCAUGCUUUAUUUGAUUUAACUCAGUGUACAAUAAAAAUAAAUAACAAUGAAUAGUUGACUAAGCAAAAAAUAAUUGCUGACUAUUUGACUUCUAAAAUAAUCAUUAGUUGCAGACCUAGUGUGUGGCUUAAAAGUAUGACAAAACAUGAUAGAACUAGUUUAUAUUCUAUUCUAGUAACAUUUUGGCUUAACUGAGUAAACUUUGCACAAUAUGUAAUGACAAAUGAAAGAAAUUGAACUAAAAGGCAGGUAUUUUUAUAUAAUUUUUGCUGUCAACGUUUUUAGAAAAUAUCACCAUCUUUAAAGGCGCACUGUGUAGCCUUUACGGCAGAGGGUCCACCACCUGAUUUUCUUUUCUAGAAUUUCUGCUCUGCGUGGAAUGUUCAACAGCAUAGCAUUAUCUUUUCAAUUACAGAUGUUUGUAUUGCUCAAAAAUGCCUCAGAAAAACUUGUGGAGAGUGGAGCUGCCUCUCCACAGAUCUAACCUGUGAUUUGACCUCCUGGUGCUACCUGCUAGUCUGCAAUGAAGAUGGGCACGUUUAAUACCGUACUGUGGAACAUUUCAGACAAAGCACAAAAAUCUUCAGAGACAAGCAGAUGUUCCUUUUAAGAUGGUGAUUUUUAGAAAUGUAGACCGCAUUUUUUUUUCCAAACUCAACAUUAUAUUGUCCCACUAUCCCCCCACCAGAAAAGUUCCAUAGAGCGCCUUUAAUUAAACCCUACCAAACCUCACAUGUCCUUCCUCUGAAUUGCACCAGCUAAGAAAACAAAAGUCGUGACCCUCUUUGGAAGGCUGCGGUCUGAAGAUUUACAGAAGGAAAGAGUCUGAAAUGAUGGGAAACAAAAAUAAACUAGACUCGACCCUACAAGACUGCAAUGGAGAAGUGUGGGCAUAUUUGUGAGAAGUUAGCUCAUCAAAAGGCCAGCCAUUACCUCAGAGAAGACAUGGGACUGUGGGGGGACACCAAUCAUGUUACUCCAUUUAACAGCUAUGGAUGAUUAACUUGUCUAUUUGGUCAGUUGAGAAAGUCCAGCGUUGCAAAACAAAGAAAGUUGCCACAAUAGCUAAGAAUAAGUAAGCUGGGAAAGCACCUCUGGUCUGGUGACUGCUGUGUGACUAGAGGAAGAAGGUAGUGAAUUAAGUCUUGUUAACCUACCAACUGUGUAUAAUGCUUUUAAGUAAACAAGGAGAAAGCUGCUAAUUUUCCAGCUAAUAUUUGGACAAAUUUUUCCAGCAAGAUUUAAGAUUUUAAAUAUACAUCUUGGUAUUUUUUAUUGAUUUCCAAAUCAUGCAAAAUGAGGACCAUUACCAAAGCGAUUUCAAAUUAUUUAAAAGAUUUUAUUAUCUUUUAGAAUGAGUGUCUGUGUGUUCGACUGGUGUUGUAACGUGUGAACCCAAGACUCAAGAUCAUGACGAUGGAGAGAAAUAGCAAAGCUCUAAAGGUGAAGCAGGAGUGUGGAGAGAACGUGCCCUUCCUGUCUGACAGCGAGCUCAUGUCCCUGUCUGUGCGCGAGCUCAACAUGCACCUGCGAGGCCUCUCCCGUGACGAGAUCCAGAAGCUCAAGCAGCGCCGCCGCACCCUCAAGAACCGGGGCUACGCGGCCAGCUGCCGGGUCAAGCGUGUGUCCCAGCGGGAGGCCCUGGAGCAGCAGAAGCAG